AACGUUCUUUGUAAAAUCACUUUUAAAGCAAACUUGCUUCUCAAUAGUUGAUAGUAAUUGACUAGUAAAAAAAUUAGAAUAGUAAUUUAAGUUACAAAAGUAGCAGAAAUAGAAUAGAUCUCCAAUUUCUAAUAUUGAAUAGAUUUAAUAUCGAACUUUUAAACUUCAAAAAAGUUGCAAUAAUUUCGAAGCACACAGAAUAAAUAUUCAAUUUGAAACUAUGCCUGUUCCUUCUAACGUUCAAAGCGCAAUCAUCAGCAUCAAGCAAUCACUGAAAGGGAAGCAACUGGUUCUGUUCCUGGACUAUGAUGGGACUCUGGCAGAGAUUCAGAGUGAGCCAGACAACACCUACAUGAGCAAAGACAUGAAGAGAGUACUAACCGAUGUCAGCUGUCUAGAGGAUGUAAUUGUGGUUCCGAUCAGUGGCCGCAAAACAGAAGACCUCCGCGACCGAAUCGGCAUCAAAGACAUAGUCUACAGUGGCAAUCAUGGACUGGAAAUGAGUGGUCUGGAUAGACCGCAGCAGAGUGGGGGGAAGCCGGGCAAAAUGGAGUACAAUUUAAAUGAGGAAGAAUUGAGCAAGUUGAGAGGAGGCAUUAAGAGUAUAGUGACGGAGAUGAAAGAGAAGAAAUUGGGAAAAGAGGUGGGUGGGAACAUAGAGGACAAGGACACAGCCAUGACGUGGCACUUCUUCAAUGUGCCCCCCAAUGAUGUGGAGCAGACUGUGCAGAGGGCGUGCUCUAUUGUGAAGAAGAACGGGCUGCCUGUGUUCGACGGAGAGGGGUGCAUCGAGGUGAGGCAUCCUAAGAUCACUAAGGGUUACGCCAUGAAGAAAAUCCUCCGGGAAAAACUAGGCGAAAACUGGCACGAAACCCACAGUGCAAUCUUCAUCGGAGACAGCUCCACUGACGAAGAAGGAUUCGCAACUCUUCUAGAAGAUUCCGGCUUCCGAAGUGAUUGCGUCACUUUCAUUAAAAUCCAAACGGACAACUCGAAGCCGACGCGCGGAAAGCAUAUCUUCAGUGGCCCUGAUGAUGUUUACACACUUUUGUGCGAGUUGAACAAUUACUAUUUGCAUUCGGCUAUUGUGAAUUAGGCUUGAAACUAGAUUUAUCCAUCUUUUGUUGUAAAUGUUACAUGUAGUACAUUACUUUUUGAUAAUUUAAUAGUUUUAGCUAGCUAUAGUUAUUGUUUGAUGCUUUAGGUUUCGUAUAAAAUUUAAAGGUUUCCGAUUCAA